GAAAUAAACGAUGUCCUAUUUGUGCCUUAUGCUAGUCCCGCGCUGCGAUGACAUACGAGGAGGCUCAAAUUGCGAUUGACUCGUCACGCGACGACGAGAUCGCGCGAUCGCUUCGCACGCUCAACGCGCUCGCCAAGAAGCUCAAACAGAAAAGACUCGACAACGGAGCAUUGCUGCUCGCCUCACCCGAGAUCCGCUUCCAGGUGGACUCAGAAACUCAUGACCCUGUAGAAGUCCAAGCUAAAAAGAUAAUGGACACCAACUCGAUGGUGGAAGAGUUCAUGUUGUUGGCAAACGUCAGUGUCGCCGAGAAGCUUGCGGCAGAGUUCCCGCAGUGCGCACUGCUGAGGCGGCAUCCAGCACCGCCGCCUGCCAACUUUACUACAUUCUUAAAAGCUGCUAGGCAACAGGGAUUCGAACUGGACGUGUCAACGAACAAAGCGUUUAGCAAAUCGCUCAACGAAGCUGUAAUUCCCGGCCGGCCGUUCUUCAAUACCCUGCUCCGCAUCAUGGCCACGCGCUGCAUGCAGCAGGCUGUCUACUUUUCCAGCGGAACCAAAUCUCAGGAAGAGUUUUACCAUUAUGGUCUCGCGUGUCCUAUUUAUACACACUUCACUUCGCCUAUAAGAAGAUACGCAGACGUAAUCGUCCACCGUCUGCUGGCGGCUUGCAUCGGCGCCGACGUCACCCACGCAACUUUGCUGGAUACUAAGCUGGCUGACGCGGUAUGCGACAACCUCAACUACCGGCAUAGGCAGGCGCAGUAUGCGGGACGGGCGUCUGUUGCACUCAACACUCAUAUCUUGUUCAAGAACCGUGUCGAGAUUGAGUCGGCUGUGGUGUUGGCUGUUAAGAGGAAUGCAUUGCAAGUGUUGAUACCAAAGUACGGUUUGGAAGGGCCGCUCUAUCUGCCCAGUGAAAAGUUUACUUAUAAUGAAGAGGAACACUUCCAAAUAUGCGGGAAAGUAAUACUAAAAACGUUUGACGAGUUAACAGUGCGUCUCACGUUAGACAGCAGCAAUCUCCAACAUAGGAAACUGGUCUACCAACUAGUACAACCUCAUAUACCAGGAUUCAGCUACGUGCCUGAAGAGAGCCUUCAAGAAACAGAAGAGAAAAUGGUAGUCGAAGUGACAGAACAGGAAAGUAAAAAACGAAAGGAACCAAGUGAAAGUAAGAGUAAGAAGAAAUCAAAAAAGAAGUAG